AUGGCUCUGCCCGAUUCCGGCAGCAUGCAAUCAGUGUCCGAAGAUCCUAGCGAUUCAUCCAAACCGACCAUUAUUUGGACUGAGCUUCGGGUGCCUAUCGGCCAUGAGUCUGACAAACAACGAUGGGUCGAAUAUUUUCAACCCUUAGUACAUGCUACGGGCCACAAACAGUCAAUAUGGGCUCGGCUUCACUUCAACCCGGAGAGAAUUUUCAGAGAACAGCUUGCGAGCGACGGGAUUACAUUCCUGAUAUAUUAUGAGUUCCCUGGAUAUUCGCAACUUUGGUUUCACUUGUUACCUAGACGUUUUAUCUACAUCUUCUGGGUUUACUUUAAAGUUCUAGUAUCGGAAGAGCAAAAGCAAAGAGUUGUAAAACGCGGUGGUAUUCGCCCGCCUGCUGUACUGCAACCACGUCUUCCCGUGCAACUAUGGGCUACUCGUACGGAGUACCUACAUAGUGAAGAGGUUCAGCUACUGCUAUGGCUACAUAUCUGGAGAGAUGAGGAGGCAGCGUCUUGGAGGCUUAUCAAGUCCAGACACAUCAAUUCCCUUGGUGAGACGCAAGUAGAUAGCUUUCAUGGUUUUCUUCGUGAUAUCGGCUCGAUGGAAUUCAAGGAAGACUAUUGUCACUUUGAAGACCUGUUACGCCUAUAA